AUGGAUACCUAUCAGACUUUUUUAGUAGAUUUUUUAGCCGGCGGAAUAUCUGCAGCCGUUUCAAAAACUGUAGUUGCACCCUUAGAAAGGGUGAAACUUUUGCUACAAGUACAAUCUACUUCAAAACAAAUACGUCCAGAAGACCGAUACAAGGGUAUGCUGGAUGCAUUUGUCCGUAUACCCAAAGAAACUGGUUUUCUCAGCUUCUGGAGAGGCAAUUUAGCUAAUGUAAUACGAUAUUUUCCAACUCAAGCAUUAAAUUUCGCGUUUAAAGAUAAAUUCAAAACUUUAUUUUUGGGAGGUGUACCAAAAGAUGCAUUUUGGAAACAGUUCGCUGGAAAUUUGGCAUCUGGUGGAGCUGCUGGAGCAACAUCUCUUGUUUUUGUUUAUCCACUUGACUUUGCUCGUACAAGAUUGGCUGCGGAUAUUGGCAAAGCAGAUAAAAGAGAAUUUAAAGGUUUAGGUGAUUGUAUAGCAAAGAUUUUCAAAACGGAUGGCUUUAUUGGUUUAUAUCGUGGCUUUAAUGUCAGUGUUCAAGGAAUUGUUAUUUACAGAGCAGCAUACUUUGGUCUCUAUGAUACUUCAAAAAGCAUGCUGCCUGAUCCAAAGAACACUCCAUUGUAUAUUAACUUUUUAAUUGCACAGGUAGUGACAACAGUGGCUGGAUUUAUAUCAUAUCCUUUUGAUACAGUUAGAAGACGCAUGAUGAUGCAAUCAGGGCUUAGUAAAACAGAGAUGAUGUAUAAAAGUACAUUGGAUUGUUGGAUGAAAACAGCUAAAGCUGAAGGAGUUGGGGCCUUUUUUAAAGGGUCAGUUUCAAAUAUGCUUAGAGGUACUGGUGGAGCAUUAGUUUUAACACUAUAUGAUUCAAUUCAACAUGCAAUUGACACAACACUAAAAGAAAAAGAGUUACCACCAUCCAAAUGA